AUGGCAUCCACUACCACCAUCUCCAAUCUCGUGACCUCCACCGUCGGCACCAUCAACAGCUGGUUCCUGUCCCGGCGCAUACCCUUUGGUGCCUCCUGCAGCAUCUGCCAGUCCUGGCGCGCCAUGCCUGUUGCGCUGGCCUGCAACCAUGUCGUCUGCUCACACUGUCUCUUGGGCUAUAUUAUGGAUAGCCUAUACGAGUGGAUCGACUACGAGAGCGUCGCAGUAGGCGACUCGAAGAUCCUCGGGUGCCCCUUACAGACCUGCAGGCGCGCGAUGUGCGAGAUGGCGAUCCUAGGAGACGGCACGAUGGCUGUGGCGGGCCUUCCGGCGCCUCGACAGCUCAUUCCUCUGUAUCACGAAACCCCUAACGCUCCGCUUGUGCAGCAUCAGCACGCCAGCAGCCCCGGCAUGGAGAUGGAGGAGGACUCGUGGGCCGACGACGAGCGCUCGGCCCAGCCUGAUGAGACCCCUGGCGCCUCUUACCUGGCCCGCCCGGGGGAGCAGCAGCUCUAUACCAGGAGUCCGAGCAUCAAGCGCGAGGCACUUUCUCCCUUCCCGGUGCCCACCGUCUAUACCUCGAUCAGAUCUCACUCCGACAAUCUCGAGCCGCAGCGCGGCAUCAAAAGGAGCCUGAGUCCGACCAUCAAGCAGGAGGACGACUCGGCUCGCCCUCCGCCAGCCCGACGGCGGCGCCACGACGUGACGAUGCGGACGAGGAUGGUGCGUACCGCGUAG